AUGGCGGGUUCUUCUGGCUGUGGAGCGACUCCUCCCACCGGCUCAGCUUCGACUUCGCCUUCCGGGUGCACUCUGUCGCCUGACACUGGCGGGGCUUCUCUAGGCUCCACGGUCGGGUCGCGCAAGGACGUGCCAAGCGCCAGGGGCUUGGAAGGACAUAUCGGGGGCUCUCCGCAGACAGUCAAGGCAGGAGGGAGCCAGACAGCCUCUUUAGUCGGGGGACGCGGCGGGUCGGUGGGCUCCUUUCCUUCUAAGCCGCCGGAGAGACCAGGGUCGUCGGCCGGCUCUUCGAUAGCCUCUUCGGCACCUCAUCACUCCUUGUCAAUCACUCCGCAUCCCAACCUGAGUGGACCUGUGUCCUCCGCGGGAGGCAUCCCGCGCGUCGAUCAAACAGGUGUUGACUCAGACUCCUCCGUUUCUCGCGCGAGCGCACCGGAUUUCGCGCGUAAGAGCCUGGACGCCGAGGCAAAGAAACUGCGGGAAGAGGGCAUGCACGGACGCUCCCACACCAGCGGCCGUACCGCCAGCGGAGCUUCAGCGCCAUCUCCGUACCACGUGUCCCUUCCAGAGCCUACGUCUUCCUCCACUGAGACGUUAUCAAAUACGUCGUUGGGGUCUACCAGCUACGGCAGUUCAGGCGGGUCCCUGAGGCCGCCAGCGGCAGCGGACUCGCCUCCGCAUCAGCGGCGGGGUCCUGAACAAAACGUGGCUGCGCCAACACGCAGCUCCUGUCCCAGUGCACCAUCUGCCUCUGCUGCGCUGUUUGUUCCUUCCUCAGUUCCUCCUCCAGCAUCUUUUGGAGUUCCUCAGGUUGACAGGCUCUGCUCUCCGCAGAAGUUCCACGCGAGUGUCAGUUCAGCCGGCUCUCUGCUGGACGCGGACAAACCGCGAACUGUUCUGAGUCCCUGUCAGCCUAGUUCCGCCGCCGUUCCUUUGUUGUCGCAAGGGGCGCCUCACCCGUCCAGCGUGGAUUUUUUGUCAGUUCAGAAUUUUACCGCCGGUCCCAGCACUCAGCAUCCCAUUUUUGUAAAUGGAAAGAAUGCACCGUCUUCCGAGCCUAGCAAGGAGUAUACGACGAGAGCAGAGAACGGGGAAGAAGACGACGAUUUCCUGGGCGACUCCUUCGUGGUUGUGGAAGCAGUCGAAGGCCGGGAGGAGGCGCCUGGCUGUGCGUUUUCUCCGCCCCCCCUCCGCUUUCCGAGUCACUGCUUCUCGGCUGACGGUCUGUGGGACUCAGAGGGCUCAAAAGGAGACUUCGCGGUUUCUGUAUCUGAUCCCGAGACACGAUCCACGGGGCCGCUCGGGCGGUUCACGCUGUAUCUCGUUAGCGGCUUGACAGUUGGCGGCGUGCCGUUUGCAUGCAGGAAACGGUAUAGCGAUUUUGAGUGGCUUCGACAGCAGCUUGUUCAGUCUUUUCCGGGUGUGUUCGUGCCUCCCAUUCCGCGGAAGCAGAAGCUCGGACGCUUUGACAACUCGUUCGUUGAAAAUCGUCGCCAGGGCCUCCAGGAAUUCCUCCAGCGGCUCUUCAGUCGCCGGCACCUCGCAAAGUGCUCCAUCUUCGUGGGUUGGCUUACGCGGAGCGCAGAGAGCGGAAUGGAUCAAUUUAAGAAGGAUUUCGCAGCGCGGUCUCUAGCGGAGCAGCUUGAGGAGUUUCAGGAGACUUUCCGAGCCCAGCUGGAGGGCGCCAACGGCCGCGGCACGCGAGCGGAAAGCGACCGGUUUAUUGUAUUCAAGCAGUUUCUGGCCAAGCAAUUGACAAUUCUGGAAGAGUUGCAUCGUCAGUUUAGCCGGCUCGCGUCUCUAAGUCGUUCCCAGUUCGGCUGCGUAUCGGCCCUACAGAAUCUGCUCAGAGACACCUGCGCCAUCGAGGAGAACCUCGUGAGGCAGCUUCCGGAUCUCCCGAUUCCGGCUGUGCGGUGCGAUCUUGCCUCUCUUGUGUCGCUGCAGAGGGCGUGCCUGGUCGCAUCGCCUGCGCACAACUACGAUGUCAUGCAGCAAGUUGUCGCGAAGGAGUUUGAUGAUACAGAGUGCAUGCUGGAAGCCGUGGGCAGCCUUGAGCGUCUGGUUCAGCUCAAGCAUCAAGCGCAGGCGCAGAUCGGCCGCGAGGAAACUUCGCUGCGGAGUGUUCUGAGGAGUUCUCGGGGGAGUUGGCUUCAGGCAUUUGUACACCGUAAGGACAAAGACGCGCAGAUUUCUGAACUCCGUGCCUCUCUCGAUGCCCUCAAAAUGCAGGUUCAAGUCCUCGAGCAGUGGGCAGAGGCCUCGCGCUUGGUCUGGGUAAACGUGGAAAUGCCUAAACUCGUGACGGCGAAGAGCAUUGCUUUCACCCGCGCGGCACAGGCAUUCAUCGAUCGGCAACAACAACAGUUCCUUCAGGAGGCGCGCGUCUGGCAAGCGUACGGAAUCCGCACCGGAGCCUCGGAUCCUCAGGCGCCCUCAACUCAGAAUGCGCCGCUCCCCCUCAGACCCUUCGGUGAAUGGGAGGCUACGAGGGAGCUGUAA